ACCCGCCUACAAUCUACAUUCACAGAUAAGAUAAGUCUACUAUAAUAUCUUAAAUUAAUUCUCCCUUGUUUGUGCUCUAAUUUGCUCUCUAAAUUUUGGUGCUUUAUUGAUUGUGGGUACUUUUCUUUUCUCUGUUUCUUGUGAAUUGUUUAAUUGAUCCUCCUUCAGAGGUGAUUCAGGCUGUUUGAUAGCUCAUCUAAAGCAUUUUUUAUGAAAGAAUAAAAGAAAUUUUCUUAAUCUUUUCUAGGAGAACCUAAUGAAACAGUCAUUAAGUGUUUGUUUCAAGUCCAAAGAAAUUUAUGCCUUGGCUGUUGCGGCACAUGUUUAAUCUGCUGCUUGAUAUCUUUUGUAGUGUUUAUUGAAGUAGCUCCAUGGAGGAGAAGACAGCAAUCAAGAAAGAUAUUACUGAACUGAUAGGCAAUACUCCAAUGGUAUAUCUCAAUCAUGUUGUGGAUGGUUGUGUAGCCCGUAUUGCCGCCAAGCUAGAAAUGAUGCAACCUUGCUCUAGUGUCAAAGACAGGAUUGCAUAUAAUAUGAUCAAAGAUGCAGAGGAUAGGGGCUUAAUUACGCCAGGAAAGACUGUCCUUGUAGAGGUUACCACUGGCAACACUGGCAUUGGAAUGGCCUCCAUUGCAGCAACAAGGGGUUACAAACUCAUCAUUAUGAUGCCGUCAGUAUGUAGUCUUGAGAGAAAAAUUGUGCUGCGAGCUUUUGGAGCUGAGUUAUAUCUCUUUGAUGAAUCCUUGGGAUUUGAGGAAAUGUUUAAAAAAGCUGUGGAGAUGGUAAAUAAUAUACCGAAUGGUUAUACCCUUAAGCAACAUGCAAAUCCUGCCAAUCCUGAGAUUCAUUAUGAAACCACUGGCCCGGAGAUAUGGAAAGACUCAGGAGGGAAAGUUGACGCCCUUAUUUCAGCGGUAGGGACUGGUGGUACAGCAUCCGGUGCAGGGAGAUUCCUAAAAGAGAAGAACCCAAAUAUUAAGGUAUAUGGUGUAGAACCAUCUGAAAGUGCAAUCUUAAAUGGAGGACAACCUGGAAAGCAUCUAAUCCAAGGCAUUGGAGCUGGUUUCAUUGCUGAUACUUUGGAUGUUAACAUACUUGAUGAAGUUAUUCCAAUAUCAAGCGAGGAAGCUAUAGAAACCGCUAAGCUGCUUGCUCUGAAAGAGGGUUUGUUGGUAGGAAUAUCAUCUGGGGCUGCCGCAGCUGCUGCUAUAAAGUUGGCAAAGAGGCCUGAAAAUACUGGGAAACUUUUUGUUGUGAUUUUCCCCAGUAGUGGAGAGCGUUAUCUAUCCACAGUGCUGUUUGAUUCCAUUAGACGCGAGUUUGAUAGGGGCCGCGCGCACGCAGGCCCCCGCUACCACAAAAUAUGACGUAGGCUCUGCCGCUUGGGCAGACCUUAGGCGGGUACACCUCCUAAGUGCAAUGGAGGCCACCAACCUAGGCCAUAGGCCUUUUUGAUCACCCAAAGGCCUCGUCCAGAUCGAUGUGGGAUUAUGGAAAGUUCUUCUGUCAUUCGCUAUUCUUCUGGAUUUUCAUCACUUACGGGGCCAUCAAUGUCAUCAAGAGAAAGAGAUUUCGGACAACUCUUGUCUACCGCACAACCCUCUACCAAAGGAGUUAAUUUAUCUCUUUUCUUAGCGAGUUUGAAGUGUAAAUUUUGAAGAAAAUACGAAUAAUUAUACCACAGAUAUGUUGCUUAGUUUAAACCGUAGUUGAGAAUCCCUUGAAAGGUGGUUCGACUGACCACUCAUUAUGCCACGCAUUUUACACACUAUGAUUUUACAUGUCAUCCCUUCUCUGAAACUAAAAGAGGAAGUGAAAUCACAUUGAAC